AUGCUUGCCAAUUCAGGCAACGUGAGGAUUCUCAUCAAGGGAGGCAAGGUGGUGAACGAUGACUGCACCCACGAGGCUGAUGUCUACAUAGAGAAUGGCAUCAUCCAGCAGGUGGGCCGUGAGCUCAUGAUCCCUGGCGGGGCCAAGGUGAUCGAUGCCACUGGGAAGCUGGUGAUCCCUGGAGGCAUUGACACCAGCACCCACUUCCAUCAGACCUUCAUGAAUGCUACGUGUGUGGACGACUUCUACCAUGGGACCAAGGCGGCCCUCGUUGGAGGCACCACCAUGGUCAUUGGUCACGUCCUGCCCGAUAAGGAGACCUCCCUCGUGGAGGCGUACGAGAAGUGCCGGGGUCUAGCCGACCCCAAGGUUUGCUGUGACUACGCCCUGCACGUGGGGAUCACCUGGUGGGCACCCAAGGUGAAAGCAGAAAUGGAGACACUGGUAAGGGAGAAGGGUGUCAACUCGUUCCAGAUGUUCAUGACCUACAAAGACUUGUAUAUGCUUCGGGACAGUGAGCUGUACCAGGUGUUGCACGCUUGCAAGGACAUUGGAGCAAUCCCCCGAGUCCAUGCUGAGAAUGGGGAGCUUGUGGCCGAGGGUGCCAAGGAAGCGCUAGAUUUGGGUAUCACUGGCCCAGAAGGAAUCGAGAUCAGCCGCCCAGAGGAGCUGGAAGCUGAAGCCACUCACCGAGUCAUCACCAUUGCAAACAGAACUCACUGCCCGAUCUACCUGGUCAACGUGUCCAGCAUCUCGGCCGGUGAUGUUAUUGCAGCUGCUAAGAUGCAAGGGAAGGUUGUGCUGGCUGAGACCACCACGGCGCAUGCCACGCUGACCGGCUUACACUACUACCACCAGGACUGGUCCCACGCGGCCGCCUACGUCACGGUGCCUCCACUGAGACUGGACACCAACACCUCAACCUACCUCAUGAGCCUGCUGGCCAAUGAUACUCUGAAUAUUGUGGCAUCAGAUCACCGGCCUUUCACUACGAAGCAGAAAGCUAUGGGCAAGGAGGACUUCACCAAAAUCCCGCAUGGAGUGAGUGGCGUGCAAGACCGCCUGAGUGUCAUCUGGGAGAGAGGAGUGGUUGGCGGAAAGAUGGACGAGAACCGUUUUGUGGCCGUUACCAGUUCCAAUGCAGCAAAGCUUCUCAACCUGUACCCCCGCAAAGGCCGCAUCAUCCCCGGAGCUGACGCCGACGUGGUGGUGUGGGACCCCGAAGCCACAAAGACCAUCUCAGCCAGCACCCAGGUGCAGGGAGGAGACUUCAACCUGUACGAGAACAUGCGCUGCCAUGGCGUCCCCCUGGUCACCAUCAGCCGGGGCCGAGUCGUGUAUGAGAACGGUGUCUUCAUGUGUGCGGAGGGCACUGGCAAGUUCUAUCCCCUGAGGUCCUUCCCGGACACUGUCUACAAGAAGCUAGUCCAGAGAGAAAAGACCUUAAAGGUUAAGGGAGUGGACCGAACUCCCUACCUGGGAGAUGUCGCCGUUGUCGUCCAUCCUGGGAAGAAGGAGAUGGGAACGCCCCUCGCAGACACUCCCACCCGGCCUGUUACCCGACACGGGGGCAUGAGAGACCUUCAUGAGUCCAGCUUCAGCCUCUCUGGUUCUCAAAUCGAUGACCAUGUUCCAAAGCGAGCUUCGGCUCGGAUCCUCGCUCCCCCUGGAGGCAGGUCAAGCGGCAUUUGGUAAAGGCACUGACCAGCCCCCCAAGUGAGGACGCACCGCUGCCACCAGCCCGCACACCCUCCGGCCACGGCUGCAGGGGGCGGGAGAGGCUGCGCUGGGCGGCGUACCACCUGAGGGGGGCCACGGGACCCGGGGGGGCCCUCCCCAUGUCUGACACGUGAUUCACU